AUGUAUAGGUUUGUCUUUUUGGUCAAGAUACUGAUUCAUCAUUUUCAUUUCUGUUGUUCUUUAAGUCUGGUUACAGAUUGGGAGGAAUCUAACAGUCCCAUGAUUUUGAAAAUAUAUAGUUUCUUCAUAUGCCAGAAGCACGUCUCUAACGUCUGCUAGAUUGGAUGGAAUCAACAAUGUCCGUCUGAAGCAUGCCUCCAAUGCCUGCAUGAAGCAUGCUUCCUAGUCACAUUUACUCAGUUGAAAAGCUCACAUGCAAUUUCAAAUUCAACCGAACGCUAUUGCUGGCCAGGGGGAAAAUAAAACCUGUCCAUACUUCAACUUCAUUGAUGGCUGCUUCUUUUAUAUCAGACCCUCGUCACCUGUGUUGGAAUUAUGACUUAUUCUUGAGCUUUUGAGGUGAAGGCAUCCACAAUAAUUUUCUGGGUCAUCUUUAUUCUCCUUUAAACCAGGUGGGAUUCAGGACUUAUAAAGAUGACAAUGAGCUCACAAGAGGAGGUGGCAUUGUCCCCAGCCUGCUAGAAGCCAUCGAGCAUUCUAGCAUUGCGAUCAUGUCAUGUUCUUCAAAAACUAUACUGAUGCUGCAUGGUGCCUGGACAAGCUCAUGAAGAUCCUCGAUUGCUGUAGGGACAUGUUGGGGCAGAUUGGUCUACCCUUUUUCUUCCAUGUGGAUCCCUCAGACAUCCGCAAACAGAGGGGGAGCUUUAGCAAAGCAUUGCUUGUGCUCAUCACCAGAUGGUUACCGUGGACAAAGUAGAAAGGUGGAAGACUGCUCUUACCAAUGCUGCCAAUCUCUCUGGAUUUGAUCUACAGAGUGUCAACAGGGAUGGAUGAAGAUGAUGCAAUUCGAAUACUAGAUGGUUUUGGUUUUCACACAAAAUCUAACUACGUAUUCUUAUCCAAAAAUGCCUCUUAACAAUAAGUGGAAAGAAGCCAAGGAUGCAUGAUCUGCUCCAAGAGAUGGCUAAAGAAAUAGUUCGUAGGGAAAAUCCUGGUGAACCUGGUGGGCGCAGCAGACUGUCUUUUUAUGAAGGUGUUCAUAAGGUGCUGAAAUACGAUGAGGGUACAGAAAAAGUUAUAGGGCUUAAGGGGUUCUUCCCUAAACCCAGAGACAAACCUUUUAGUGCUGAAGCACUUUCAGGGAUGAACAAAGUAAGAAUACUCCAACUUAGAAAUGCUGACUUUGAUGGAGGUUUUGAACAUUUCUCUAAAGAAUUAAGAUGUUUGUAUUGGCAAAGAUAUCCUCAGGUAGCCAUACCACCAAAUUUAAGUCUCUCACAAGAUAGGUAAUACUGAGGUUAAGGCACAGCUAACUUCAAUAUAUUUGGGGAAAAUGUCAUGAACCAAAGGUGUUGCUGUAUAUGUUUCUUGUUUCGGGUAGGAUUAUCCUUGACUAGAGUUACAAAUUUUUUAUGUAUAGCAUUAAAUGAUGCUCGUCCUU